UCCAUUUUCAAAUUCAAAUCUCCCAUUUUCUCUCCUCUCCGCUCUAUACAAAUCAGUCUCUCAUUUUCUCUUUCAAAAAGAAAACCUAAUAAUCCUAUCAUAAUCAUCAUCCGAAGAAGAUGCUCGCAGCUCACUAUCCGGCCAUCGGAAACCAUAAAAUCCGGACCAAGAGUGGCCGGAAGCCUCUCCAGCCGAGGAACUUUCUCCAAAAUCCGGCGACCCUACUAGAUCAAUGCAGUCCUGCCAAGCCCAAGCCAAAACAACAAGAACGCCUCCAGGUGGAGGCGGCGGUGGUGGGGGAACAUUCGCCUCCGCCUCCACCUCCACCUCCACCUCCGGCCAAGAAAGAGUUGCAGCAGAUAAUACCUCCGGCGAAGAUGGGAUCGUUCGACGCGUCGCUGGCGGAGGAGCUGAGUGCCAUGAGGAAGAGGCUGGAGCGACUGAGAUUAGACGGGGAGAGAACGGAGAAGAUUCUGAAGGAGAGGAAUGCGGUUUUGGAUUCGGAGAUGGAGGAGCUGGAAAAGAGAGGAGAGAUCCAGAAGAGUAUGGAGAACGAGGUGGAUCGAUUGUACAGGUUGAAGCAACUCCAUUCUCAAUCCUUGAGGUUUUCUUCGAUUCCGUCUCUUAGAGAGAAGGAACGUGCAAAGAUCUCGGAAUUCAAAAACGAGGAUAAGGAAGAAUCCAGCUCAUCCAAGAAGGAAGAACAGUGAAAUUUUUUCUUUGAUUUGAAUUACAAAUGGAUUUUCCAGAAUUGAUUAAUUAAUGUAUCGAUUGAAAGAAGAAAGCUAUGAAUAUAAUACCUCAUUAUUGUUUUUGCAUAGGAAUGAAUGAAUUGAAAAUAUAUUGUUAUUUUUUAA